CAUUUCACCACUAGAUCGCAUGAAGUAGGUCGCUCCAAGACUCCAAGAAUUUGUUAGAGUGAAGUGUUUCAUUUUUAAAUUUUUAUGUAUAUUAAAGCGUCUCUAUAGCUUAAACAUGCAGUCUGUUCGACCGUUAGUCCAAAACAAUGUUAGGCAUUGGAGAGCUUUGUCCAGCUGCUGCACACUGAGACAGAGUUCUCAGACACAACCACAGACGCAGUCACAGAAGAAUCAGAGUGCCGAGGUUUAUGCACCCCUGACAUCUGUCAAAGAAGCACCACUUCAGGUGCCUCAGCCAGAAGGGGAGGCAAAGAUAUUCUCUCCAAAAAUUGAAAAUUUGGUUAAUGAGAUCACAAAAUUGAACCUAAUUGAGGUUGGAGAGUUGAGUGAUCUUCUCAAGAAGAGGCUGAAUCUACCUGAUGCACCGCUUAUGCCAAUGGGUGGUUUCUCAGCAGUGCCGGUAGCUGCAGCUGCAGAGGAAGAGGAGGAGUUAGCCCCAAAGAAGGUGCAGACUAGCUUCACAGUGAAGUUGCUUAAAUUUGAUGAGAAACAGAAAAUUGCUCUAAUCAAAGAAGUGAAGAACUUGCUAGAGGGAAUGAAUCUCGUUCAGGCAAAGAAGUUUGUGGAGAGUGUGCCAACAGUUGUAAAGGCAGAUAUGCCCAAAGAUGAAGCUGAGAAGCUGAAGGAGGCACUCACCAAAGUAGGAGCUGAAUGUACGAUAGAGUAGUAUGGUACCAGGGUGCUCCAGUGCCAAGUGCGGAGUAUUGUAACUGGAAAAGGAGUAUCAGGGCAAGGCUUGCAAGGCUGUCAUGUGACAUAUGUGUGAAAUGGAGUGACAUAGUGUAGUCAAGGCUGAUGUUUGAAAGGUUCUCAUUCCAUGAGAAUAUUGUUGGUAUGAUAUGAACUGUGCAAUGAAUCCCCUUGUUCUGUGAAAUAUAUGUUCACAAAUUUUGACCUGGUAAACAUCCAGUGAGUAUUUAAUUUAAGCAUUAGUUUUUAUCUUUGAAUUCUUUUUGUUUAUACUUCCUUGCACCACACUCUGUGAUCUUAAAAGUUACUGAAGGAAAGUGUAUGUUUGGUGAAUACAUUAAAUGUACUAAGAAAAGCAUAUCUCUCAA